GCGGUGUUGCCAAAUCUCCGUCGAGUGGAGUGGAGUGUCGUCUGAAGUGGGUGCGGUGUGCCUUAGAUCAGGAUAUUGAGGCUUUAACAACUGACGGAAAGCACGAGAAGCGUGCCGCAAGCUUCUAAUGAGAUGGCAGGGUUUUCAGAUUUCAAUUUAAAAUGCGUUUACUUCAUGUCAGCCAUGGACAUUUUUUCUGUAGGCUUGGCAAUUCCACUGCUUUCACCUUAUCUGAGGUCUUUGGGUGCAUCUCAUCUCGUCAUUGGUUUGAGCACGUCAUUGUAUGGGGCAGCACAGCUGAUCUCUAGCCCUCUCGUGGGAAGCUGGAGCGAUCGCCGAGGAAGGGUUUCUGUUUUAUGUCUAUCUUUGGCUGCAUGCUCUCUCUGCUACUUCUUGCUUGGCCAGACCAGCUCCAUGUUUUUAAUUCUUCUGAUGCGCUUACUAUUAGGGUCUUUUAAGCACACUCAGAGUUUAUGCAAGUCUAUUAUUGCUGAUGAGGUUCCACCAUAUGAGCAAGCUGGAGCCUAUGGUAAACUUGCAGCUAUUUCUGGUGUGGGCUUCAUAGUGGGGCCAGUUGUUGGAGGACACAUUGCUGAUCAUGAGCAUGGAUUUUCCUUCAUCACAAUCAUCAUUCUAGUAUGCUUCUGGAUCAAUAUUGCUGUUGCCCGGACUUUGCCAGCAUCACAUCAACCAAGGAACAGAGCAGCAAGAAGCAAUGCUGGCAUUCAAGAAGAAUUUUUUCGUGUCAUCACCCACCUCAAAAGUGUUAACUGGAGUAAACAUCAAAGCCUAUUAAUACUUAAGUUAAUACUUGUAUUUACUCUGUCAUUUUACUUCAGUAACUAUUCUCUACUGCUACAAGAGAAAUAUGGAAUGACACCAAAGUCUGUUGGAUACAUUAUUUCAUUCCAGUCUAUUAUAGGCUCGGCAACUAGUUUGCUUUCAGGACAAAUCCAACAUUUAUACGAAUGGCAGUAUCCCCCACAACAUGCCUCAGCAGUCCAGAUAGUUCAUUGCUUUACCGCCAUGGCUGCUGGUCUGAUAGGCAUUGGCUAUGCUGAGUCUAUUGUAGGUCUUCUGCUUUGGUUGAUUCCAUUGGCAUCAGGGGCAGCACUCAUGCGUACCUUACUGACAGAACUUUUAGUUCAAAAGGCUUCUCCUCAAGAGAGAGGAUCACUGCUCGGUGCAGCACACAGUUUUUCUGCAAUGUCUAGAUUGUGCACACCUCUCAUUUCAGGAAUUGCAACAGAUUUGUAUGGUUCUUCAGCUGUCUCUCUACUGAGUCAAAUCAUGGCAACUGUAGGUGCAUUCUCAGCUCACUUUAUUUUAAAAGGAGAGUAUUUGCAGCACUAUGUAUCUUGAACUGUCAACCAAUUUUGAUAAAAUGAAUGUAAGAGGUACAUGAUUUGCAUAAUUGAGUAUUAUAAUUUUAAUUUACUAUAGACUAGUGGGUCUGCAGUGGCCAGGAUUGCUCACAUAAAGUAACAACGUAAUUGUAAGUUAGCAACCGCUGGUAUAGAUAUCAAAGAUGACAAUUAAGGGUAAAAAAUGACAAUACUAGUGAGAAGUUAUUGGACCAAAAUGAGCUCAACCAUUACUCUGUUGCUAUAGCUAAGAGGAUUUUGAAAUAUCUUCACAUUUGUCCAAGUUAAGGAUAUUUUUCAUUUCGAGCUUUUUUCUACAAAAUUUUGAAAAUAGUAAGUCAUGAACGAAUUGACAGGUUCAGUCCUACUGUAGUGGGGCAAGGCUUACUUUAAUAUUCUACAUAAAUCACCAUUUGGCAUGAAUGUUGUUAAGUGAUCAUUAUUUAACAUUUAAUUAUUAACUCAAAAUACUUUGAUAACAGACCACAGCUUUUAACGAACUUGUUCUUGAGAAUCAUAUGUACCUGAAUGAAACUUCAGUAUGUGACUUGACAUAUCAUGGUUUAUAUUUUAUAGUAUUUUAUACAUACUAACAGGGUCCAAAAUAAAUAGUUUUAGAAUUGUG